UACCAUUCUGUCUACAAUACCAGAGGCUGUUAUGUUGUCUUUCUUGAAGUUGUUUGUGCUCUGUAGCGCUGCCAUAGGGCAGGGCCUUGAGGGGCCAAACUGGACAGACAGAAACUUGAAAAAUGAGGCUGGAAUGAAUCGUGACAACAAGUUCUUCCCAUUCUUCAGUGUGAUCCGUUUCAAGAACGUCCAAUGUAGUGGAACAAAUGGCCAGUUUGGGACAUGCUUCUCGAGGAAAGCAUGUUCUGAUGCGGGAGGUGUAGCAUCUGGUAGCUGUGCCCGAAACUGGGGCACCUGCUGUAUUAUUCAGAAGUCCUGUGGCGCAUCCACCCACGUGAACUGCACAUAUUUCACUAACCCUAACUUCCCUGGGGCGUACACUGGCAGUGGACGUUGCAACAUUGCUGUCUACAAGUGUAAUUCUAACAUUUGCCAGCUACGUAUUGAUUUACUUGACUUUUCUGUGUCUGAGCCGGAUGCCAAUGGAUUCUGUAUUAAUGAUUACCUUGAAAUAGCAGGCGGUGCUACCUCAGUGCCUCGUAUCUGCGGCGAAAACACCAAUGAACAUGUGUAUGUGGACUUCCUCACAGAUAACACACCAAUUCAAGUGAGUGUUCGAGUUGAUCCCUCAGUAUCUGUGAACCGCAUGUGGAACAUUAAGCUUACUCAGAUAGAGUGCACUAGUACUGAGCGAGCCCCAACUGGUUGCCUGAUGUAUUACAGAGAUUUAGAAGGCAGUGUGAAGAGCUUUAACUAUGGCCCUUCUGGUAGAGGCACUGACAUGUAUGGGACCCGACAGCUAGCCAACACAAACUAUGGAGUAUGUGUUCGGAUGGCACAAGGAUACUGUAGCAUACAAUGGCAACAAAAUCCAAGUGAUCCAUACUCCUUCACUGUAUCAGGAGACACAGAUGGUAUUGAUCCCACAUUACUUGGAACUGCUGCAGUAGCUGAGAGUGGCGCUGUGUGUACCACCGAUUUUAUUGUAAUACCAAAUCCUUCCCAGAAUUCAAUGAGCCUAAACACUGACAGGUUUUGUGGCAAUGCAUUGGUACCAACCACAACCUCCUCCAAGCCGUUUGUUUUGACUGUGGUAACAGACGACGCUGAACUGACUAACGGGGAUGCUGGCAACAGAGGGUUCUGUCUCACUUAUCAGCAGAUACCCUGCAUGUGAACUACAGUUCCUGGAGUGCAUCCUGGAACGCAUUGCAACCCUCAAUACUGUUCAGGACACCGUACACAGCCAAGUCUGAGAGGUUGGGGGACUCUCCG